CCGUCCCCGCCGCUCCUCCCGCGCCCGGCUCCGCGCUCCCCGCACGCAGCCACAGGUCAUGAUUUUCAUUUUCUCGUGUCAUUUUUUUGAAGAGAGGAAAUGAUUGUAGUGGAACUUGUUACAAGUCAGUCACUGAUACGGAGCCUUUGUAGUUCAGAAACGUUCAUAGAAGAACAAAUAUAACCCUUUUUCUGUUUUUGUUCUGGAGCCUGUGCUAUUAAAAGGGAAAUAAAAAUGACGACUUCGUCUAUCAGGCGGCAGAUGAAGAACAUUGUGAACAACUAUUCCGAAGCCGAAAUAAAAGUUCGGGAAGCGACCUCUAAUGACCCUUGGGGUCCCUCCAGUUCGUUAAUGACUGAAAUAGCAGAUCUGACUUACAAUGUUGUGGCCUUUUCUGAAAUUAUGAGCAUGAUCUGGAAGCGGCUGAACGACCACGGCAAGAACUGGCGGCACGUGUACAAGGCCCUUACCCUGUUAGAUUACCUGAUCAAAACAGGUUCCGAGAGAGUGGCUCAGCAGUGCAAAGAGAAUAUUUUUGCUAUCCAGACAUUGAAAGAUUUUCAGUACAUCGAUCGAGAUGGUAAGGACCAGGGCAUCAACGUAAGGGAGAAAUCCAAGCAGUUAGUGUCUCUGCUGAAGGAUGACGAGCGACUCAAGACAGAGAGGGCUCAAGCCCUGAAGACCAAAGAACGGAUGGCUCAGGUGGCCACUGGAGUGGGGAGCAAUCAGAUCACGUUUGGCCGCGGUUCCAGCCAGCCAAACUUAUCCACAAGCUACUCGGAGCAAGAAUAUGGAAAGUCUGGAGGCUCCCCAGCCUCUUACCAUGGCUCUACAUCCCCACGGGUCUCCUCGGAGCUGGAGCAAGCACGGCCUCAGACGAGCGGAGAGGAGGAGCUGCAGCUGCAGCUCGCGCUCGCCAUGAGCAGGGAAGUCGCCGAGCAGGAGGAGCGCCUCAGACGCGGAGAUGAUCUGAGAUUACAGAUGGCUCUGGAGGAGAGUCGCAGAGACACAAUUAAAAUUCCCAAAAAGAAGGAGCAUACAACUCUGUUGGACCUAAUGGAUGCCCUCCCCUCAUCGGCACCGGCAUCGCAGAAAACAGAACCUUGGGGACCUCCUGCUGCUGCUGCUGCAAACCAAACUGAUCCCUGGGGAGGGUCCACGGUUGCAGCUACUGCCUCUGACCCAUGGCAAUCAUUUGGUGCCAAACCAGCUGCUUCCGUUGAUCCCUGGGCRGCACCAGCAGGAUCCACAGCUCAGCCUCUGUCCAAAAACGUUGACCCCUGGGCUCCUGCUCAGUCGUCAACUACUGCAGCAAAACCUUCCGUGGAUCCUUGGGGACCAGCACCUGCAAACAAACCUAUCUCUACUUCUGGAAGUACAUCUUUUGACCUCUUCAGUAAUUUGAAUGGUACAGUUAAAGAUGAUUUUUCUGAAUUUGACACACUUCGAACUUCCAAAAAGCCAGCUGAAUCRGGUUCCACUCUGCCAUCCCAGCAUAGCGGUACCACAAGUCCUGAUCUCUUUGAUUCCCAACACUCAAGCAUGACAUCAGGCAAGCAAAGCGCCGCCCGCAAAACCCCCGAAUCUUUUCUGGGCCCCAAUGCUGCUUUGGUGAACCUGGAUUCGCUGGUGUCUAAGCCACCACAACCUGUUACUUCACUGAAUCCGUUCUUGGCACCAGGUGCGGCCACAGCACCCGCUCCGAUCAACCCCUUCCAAGUGAAUCAGCCGCAGCCGCUCACUCUGAAUCAGAUGAGAGCAAGUCCUGUGAUGGGAACCAGCCCUUCCUUCAGCGCUGUGCCACCGAUCAGCAUGGAGCCAAUACCUCUGUCUUCCAUGGCCCCCGUGCCCGUGGGGAUGGCACCGAUACCACCUAUGGGCACCGUGGCCUCUCUAACGAGGAUGGGCCAGGGGCUGAACGUGAGCAUUGCAGGAUCAAUGGCCCAGCCUCUUCACAGUACAGGAAUCCCGCCGGCAGCAUCCCAGUCUACAAAUACAACUAACCCCUUUCUCCUAUAAAGACCCAAUCAAAGGAACUUUCUUUUCAUAGUGUUUCCAGGCUGAAGUCUUUACAGCUAAAUGAACGUGGCCUGUGUGGACUGAACGGUGUGUAAGAGACUUGGAAGUAGAUUUGCAGUUUACAGUUAUGAUCUUUGAAGAGUUGUCUCUACUUACCAGUUAAUCUAAAUCUAGUCUUUGCUACAGAUGGUACCUUACUUUGGCUUGUUGAGCAUUAUGUGAAAUGUUCAGACUUUUCACCAAAGUUAGAUUCUGCCCAUUUUGUUACUUUGUUAAUCAUUUCAAUACACUUUCUAGGGAGAACCUGCCAUUUUAAACUCCGUUGGCUAUUUUGUAGAUGUCAGAUGAUGUGCUGGAUCCUGAAAUUACUAUUUCCCUGCAUCUGUCACUUCCUAUGCCCGUAAGAUAGACCUGAGAUUCGGAGUGCUAGUGAAUGUUUUGCACAUAACUAUACACAGUUCUAGACUGUUGGUUCACCCAUAGUCCUUACUCUUAGACGAGAACGAUUUUGAGGGCCCAGGUGGCUGGUUUUUAUGCAUUAAACACUGCAACGCAAAAUCGCACUGCUUUCCUAUCCAAGGUUGACCGAGAAAGCAAGCUUGUCUCAAAAGGAGAGGAGAAAAAAGAAAGAAACAGACAAAAAAAAACCCCAAGAACAUUCUCAAGUUGUCGAGUAUAACGUGUGCUGUUGUAUGCGGUGUUGAAUUUGUACACUACUCUCUAAGGACUCCUGAGGAACUCUCUGUGAGUGGCAUGCUGCACUCGUGCUGAGUGAGUGUCCUGCUCUGUGCUUGUCCAGUAYCAGCUUCGUUUGGAAGUUAUCAUGUGUAUUUUGUUUUUAUUUGACGUACCAUGUGAGUGGAAAGAGGAGGAAAAAAAAAAAAAGAAAUGCAGAAAUACAGCGGGACAACUUUGGAUUCAGUUUCACCGGGGCAAGCUUUAAAAACUAAUUCAGGCUUAACCUUGCUAUAUGCAGUUACUCUUGUAUACUUUUGCACAUAUUUUGUUUAGUACAGUUUCAUAUUUGAGUUUGCAGAGUUACCUGAUAGUCCUUUUUUUUUUUUUUUUGCUAAUUUUUAUAAUGUGGUUCUUAUUUAACUGUCUGGUUUUGAUAGAUUUAUCAAGUCUGGCUGAAAAAUUAAGAUAUUGGCAAAUGUCAUUUUUAUGGUUUUAAUGCCCUCUUAUGGUUUUAGCUCUUUGUUUCUGUAAAGAGAGUUUAAAAGGGAAGAUUAACACUAAAAUAUUUUACUUUUAAAUGAAGUAUAAUGAAAAAACAAAUUCGCACGACUGAUUAUUUUGAGAUGAAUUCAGUUUGAACGUGACAUGAUUUAAGACUACAUUAAAAAAGAGAGAGAAAAAAAACACAACAACACUAAAGUCGCUUUUCCCUUGAUUUGUUCCCAUUUUCUGGCUACCAAAAUGGACAGGCUUUUUAGCCUUUAUGAAGGUCUUGAGAAAGGCUAGUUAUUUUUUUCUUGCCGUUCUUCUUGAAAUGCUCAGAAUCUUAAUGUAUAAAUACGACUCAUUAAUUUCAUCGACUAAUUUUUCGUAAUGAAAGGUGCACUCCAUAUUAAUAAACUGGUUCCAUUUACAAUUAUUAAUUGUAGGCUGAACUCUCCGUUUUAACUUGCAUGUCUGGACUUUCC